UGCUACGGCAACUGUUACCGGCUGGGGUGCACUCGUACAGGGUGGGUCCAGUCCAAAUCUAUUGCAGGAGGUUAAAGUGCCGAUUGUCAGCAAUGAACUGUGUGAUCAGGAUUAUGGCUCUGCCGGUCUAAUUACGGAUUCUAUGCUGUGCGCUGGCGUACGCGGUGUUGGCGGCAAGGAUGCCUGUCAGGGUGAUUCCGGUGGUCCACUGUUAGUCAAUGGCAAAUUGGCCGGGGUGGUUUCAUGGGGUUAUGGUUGUGCAGAUUAUAGAUAUCCGGGGGUGUACUCGAACGUAACACAUUUGUUGCCAUGGUUGCGUGAAAAGAUCGCCGCGAUCGAUGCUACCGCACAAUGCAGGCGCACAGUAUGUGCGGUUUCACAACAACCCGAGUGUCAUGCAAUGCUAAUAUCGAGCAGUCAGUUCAACACUGGGCGAACAACGUCAGCUGAGGCUCUAAAGACAGAAGUAUUAAAAAUGACACCACGCACAGUUAGACCACUAUACAUUUUCAUUUUUUCCCUGUGUAUCUGCAUCGCACUGGCCGGCGCCUCAAUCGUCUUAGCUGGGGAUGGAGUGGAAAGUCGUAUUAUUGGCGGUACUGCAGUGGACAUAUCCUACGCACCAUAUUUGGUAUCACUGCGCUACAAGCGCAACGCUUCAACACCCUUCGUCCAUCGUUGUUCCGGCACGAUUCACUCGACGCAAGUUGUGCUUACGACUGCGCGCUGCGUUAUCGGCUUGGAGCCUCGACAAUUGCAAAUUGUCGCCGGCAGCAGUUAUAGUUCACAAACCGAUGGCUAUGUUUAUCUCAUCAACUCGAUUCACUUACAUCCGGAUUUUAAUAUUUUCUUUAUCGAUAAUGAUUUGGCGUUGCUACACUUGGAAUUUCCGCUUGCCACAAAUAAUGCGAAGUUGAUUUCGCCGAUCGCUUUGGCUGCGGUUGUGCCUGCUGCUGGCAAUGCGUCAACAGUGGCUGGCUGGGGCGUAACGACAGAGCAGGGUACACAGGCGGACCAGUUGCAGCAAGCGUCAGUGCAUCUGUUGGACGAUGCGACAUGCAAGGCGGCGUAUGGUGGGGGACGCAUUAGUGCGGCGAUGUUAUGUGCAGGCGGUGUGAGCGCGACGGGCGUCGUUGUCGAUGCUUGCCAAGGAGAUGCGGGUAGUGCGUUGGUUUUUAACGGCGCUGCUGUGGGCUUAGUGUCAUGGGGUAGUGGCUGUGGACGCGAAGGCUACCCUGGAGUCUAUACGAAUUUGGUGCACUUGAAGGAGUGGAUCGAAAAUGAGCCGCUUUAUAAACCCACCAUGACCAGCGCUUUUCAAUUCCGUUUACUUAUGCUAGCCUCCUUUUGCUGGCUUGGAAUUCAAGCUGGCGUCAUAACAGUCAACUCAGACAUUCCAAACAAUCUUGAGCAACAAGAAGGACGCAUUGUGGGUGGCCAACAAACGGAUAUAGCCAACCAUCCUUACCAAGUAUCCAUCGGGCUUGAUUCCGCUGUGCUUAUACAUAUCUGUGGCGGUUCGAUUUAUGCGCCGCGUGUUGUUAUUACUGCCGCACAUUGCCUGAAAGGACGUUACGCUUACACGCUACGCGUUGUUACAGGUUUAACCACGCUCGCCGACUCAGCUGAACAAGGUGUAGCGGUGCAGAAGCUAAUCUAUCACAGUGGUUAUGUGAAGAAAACGCAUGCGAAUGAUGUUGGUUUGGUAAUUCUGAAGGAAGCUUUGACAUACUCAGCCAACGUGCAGCCUAUCGUGCUGGCACGCACGCCGACCGUUGUAGGUGCACACGCUGUCGCCACAGGUUGGGGCAAAAGCGAUGAAAAUGCGCAGAAAAUGUCUGAAGUGCUGCAGGCAGUGGAACUGCAAAUUGUAGAUAGCUUGGAAUGUGGUGUGCAAUAUGCGACGAAGCAAUAUGUUAUCACAGAGGAGAUGUUAUGCGCAGCCGCUGAAGAGGGUGGCAAGGAUACUUGUCAGGGUGAUUCUGGUGGUCCGCUGGUUGUUGAUGGCGCGCUCGUGGGCAUAGUUUCAUGGGGCAUUGGCUGUGCUCAACAUUAUCCUGGCGUAUACGCAAGCGUGCCAUAUCAUUUUGAGUGGAUUGAGCAGCAAGCAGCGGUAUACAUGCGAAAGGGAGGAGAAGAGCGAGAGACAAAGAACGAGAGAGACGGAUAG